CCCGUAUAUAUAAACCGCAGACACGAACAAAAGAAGUUCUGUUCUGAAUUUGCUCAGAAGGACGUGACCUCUAUAUUACUACAUUUGCCAUCUGAGUUUCCAAUCUUGUCGACCGUUGUGUUUGCGCGCUUAGGAUCAUACUGUUUCUGGGGACAUUGGCUUAUCGCAAUCUCGACCCCUCCUUCAAACCCUCUUGUCACUUCACGCGCCUUUAGGCCUCACUGCCCGACACCUCACGAAAAGUUACAGCACACACACACCCUACAACAACAUUUGCAGUUUAUCUCGCACGUUUGAUUCGUUGUCGCAACUACUCCUAAAGCCAAAAUGAGUUUCUCGACUAUGUUGAACAAGAUCCAGGGUCAGCCUGAAACGUACGAUAAAAAGUCUAAAUACAAAUUUGGGAGGACUCUUGGUGCCGGGACUUAUGGAAUCGUUAGAGAGGCCACAUGCCAUGAUGGCACGAAGGUUGCGAUCAAAAUAAUUCUCAAGAAAAAUGUCAAGGGAAACGAGCAGAUGGUGAUCGACGAGCUGCGAAUGCUCCGAGAGAUGCAGCACCCGCAUAUUGUCAAAUUUGUCGAUUGGUUUGAGUCAAGGGACAAGUACUAUAUUGUAACCCAACUGGCGACGGGGGGUGAGCUCUUCGACCGUAUUUGCGAGCAAGGGAGAUUCACGGAGAAGGAUGCAUCGCAGACCAUACGCCAGGUAAUCGAAGCGGUUGACUAUUUACACGGGAAGAACGUCGUCCACAGGGAUCUCAAGCCAGAGAACCUGCUCUAUCUCACCUCGGAUGCGAACUCAGGCCUUGUUCUUGCCGACUUUGGCAUCGCCAAGAUGCUUGACACGAAGGAUGAGGUUUUAACUACCAUGGCGGGCUCCUUCGGCUAUGCAGCUCCAGAAGUCAUGCUUAAGAAAGGCCAUGGCAAGCCCGUGGACAUGUGGUCGUUGGGGGUCAUCACAUAUACUCUUCUAUGUGGUUACUCUCCAUUCCGCAGUGAGAACCUGCAAGAUUUGAUUGAGGAGUGUUCGAGCUCCAAGAUCGUCUUCCACGAGCGAUACUGGAAGGACGUCAGCGACGAUGCCAAGAAUUUCAUCAACACCCUUCUCCAGGCGAACCCCGAUGCCAGAGCAACAAGCGCCGAAGCGCUACGUAACCCAUGGCUCAGCGGCAAGAACGCCACCGACCACAACUUGUUGCCCGAGAUCAAAGCCUACAUGGCGAAGGCACGUCUCCGCCGCGGUAUCGAGAUUAUCAAGCUCGCAAACCGCAUCGAGGCACUCAAGAUGCAGGAAGACGACGAAGACGAGGCACCUGCAGAUUCCGAUUUACCCAAAAACUCUGAGGCGGCUGCGGUUGCUGCUGUUGCCGGGUCUUCCAGUGGGAGCCUGGAUCCCCGACCACCUCCGUCUCCAGAGGGUAAGAGGAGUCUGAGUGCGAUUGCGAAGCAGUCCAUAUUCAGGGAGGUGGUUAUGGCUAAAGUAAGAGAGACGAAGGAAGCCGAGCAGGCUAAGGCGAUUGAGGCGGAGGCGAACGAGCAGGAUGCUAAGAAGAAGAGCUUCUAGAGUGGGAGUAGGCGUCUUCGGGAUGGAGGAAUGGUAAAACUGGAAGGAAACGGUAUUGGAAAGGUAAGGAGGAGCGGUUUGUUUCAUUAUGGUACAUGAUUUGUAUCUUCGUUGAUUAUGUACGGUUAUUUAUACCCGUGUGCGCCGGGAUGAGGGCCUCAUAGCAUAGUAACCUUUCAGAUGGGAUUUAGCGUCGGAUAUGUAUAUUGAGAUUUUGUGACCGCCAUGUAUUCAGGCAUGGAAUCUAACAGACUAUAUCGCAAGCGGAA